AUGAAUGAAAAGAAUAAUCAAAAUAGUGAUAAGUUUAUAAAAAAUAAUAAUUCAAACAAAGAAAAAGCGAAAAAAUUGUUUAUGCAAGCAUUAAAUCAUGAAAGUGAUGAAAAUUUUUUAAAAGCAACAAAAUUUUAUCAAGAAGCUGUUAAAUUAUAUCCAAAUAUAUUGAAUACAUAUAUAAACGAUAAUCAUGAAACAUGUUCUGAUAAAAUUGAUGAGCGUGCCGAAGUGGAACAGCCCGAAGAAAACAGUUACUUAAUCAAUAUACUGUCCAAAAAUUUUUAUACAAUCAUUAAAUUUUUAGACUUUUAUUCCAUGCAUAGAUUUUUCUUCAUAUGUAAGAGCAUUUCAUCUUCAAUAUCUCUUGAAAAUGAAUACAAACGAUUAUGUCAUAUAAAUUUAAUAAAUUCUAAAGAAAAGUGUAAAUUAUAUGGAAACUCAUACAAAAGGUUAUUGUUAGAAUAUCCACGCUUACGUUUUGACGGUGUUUAUAUAAGUUGUGUUACUUAUAUUCGAUCUUUAAAGGACAUAGGAAAUAUCCAUUUAGAUCCAAAAGAUAGGGAUCGAGUUAUUUAUAACCCAUGUGUUGUUACAUACUUUCGAUAUUUAUUAUUUUUGAAUGAAUCAAAUAAGGUUCUUAUAGCAAGGUCAGAAUUAAAUAAGAAGGAUGUGAUAGAAGCUUUUCGAAUAACAUAUAGAAAAGUACAGAAUUGGGAUUUAUCAUUAAAGUGUGAUGAACUGAUAAAACAUUUAAUUAAAUUUCAUUAUGAGUGUGAAAAUAGUUUAGUUAAGAUGAUAAGAAUAGGAGAAUAUAGUUAUAAUCCCAAUGAAAAAAUUAUUGAAAUACAAUAUCCUGAAUUAUUAAAUGACCCUUUUAAAUAUAAAAAUAUUAUUAAAUUACAUCUACAAAAUUAUUUGAGUGGCAAUAAUAAUAUGUUGAAAUGGGUAUCUUUUAAAAUAGUGUCCAAAAUUAAAAGGGAUUACUCAGAAGAUACUUUGAAUAUUAAAAAUAAGCAGUACAGGUCAUUUUAUUUUUUUAACUUAAAAUUUUUAUCUCAUUUAUUCAUAACAAAAUUGUCAGAAAAUUAA